AGCGGCAGCUACAGCGGCAGCUGUGACGAAGGCUCUCCCUGCACGGGUGACCUGACCUACUACGUCGCGGGCCUGGGAUCCUGCGGCAUCACCAGCGACGGCACGACGCAGAACGUGGUUGCGCUGCCCGUGGGCAUGAUGCAGGACAGCGACUGCGGCAAGACCGUGACCAUCACGUACGAGGGCAAGACCAGCACCGGGACCGUGUGGGACAAGUGCAUGGGCUGCGACGACGUGUCGAUCGAUCUGUCCGAGAAGUUGUUCGGCGAGCUGGGCAGCAUGGCGGCUGGUCGUCUGAAGGGCGCCAAGUGGUACAUU